CUGAACUGUUCUGCUCUCGCGCCAACGCCGUUCACUCUUUUCAUGGUUUAAAGCAACCCUGCCUUAACUCCCUGCACCAUUGUGUAGUGAGUUCUUCGAGUAACAUUACCAGUCUGUCUUUCGUCGCCGCUCCAAACCCCAUGUCUCGACCACAAUCACCCGCACACCCAGCGUCGCCAGCAUUAUCAGACGAUGCCGCGCCCGAAGCGCCACUCACCAUGGCGGCGUCAACCAUGCUGACGACGCUACCCGUGGACGCGAAAGAAGCGCUGGCAACGGACGGGAAGGUACAUGUUCAGAAAGUCCGCAUCCACCUCGUCGCCAUCGGGUCCGCGCCCCGCAUGUCCACCAUGGUCUUCAUGAUGACGGCGUCGAACCGCUUCGAAGUCGUCGUCCGGCAGAUACGGAACAAGCUGAAGCUGAAGCCGCAUGAGAGCGUGUUCUGCUACAUUGGGAACGUGUUCAGCCCCGCGCUGGAUGAGAGUGUGGAGAAUCUUUGGAGGUGCUUUAAGCAGGGGCAGAAGGAGGAGCUGUAUGUGGGGUAUGCGUUGAGUCAGGCGUUUGGGUGAUGUGCGGUUGGGGCGGGGGAGAUGGCCUUCGGAAGGGGGAAUGGUGGACGGGCUUGGAGGUUGAGGGACUGAUGGGAACGACAUCAACGACUACGCGAAACGAAGGGACGGGCAGCUCGUGCUGCGGUGAUGGAAGAGCUACGCUUGCACUAGCAAGUUGUCACUGUGGAAUGGCGAGGAAAGGGAAACCGAAUGAUAUGACUUCAUGUUGGGAGACCAAAAUAUAAUCAUGU